UACCAUUCAAAUGAAGGAUGGGCAAGUUAUGCCUUUGUUGCAAUACAUAGUGUCUCUUGCUGUUACAGAGGCAAUUAAGGAUCUUUGUGACAAAAAUGGCUUACCACAUCUUGACGUUAGAAUAAAAUGGCCAAGUGAUCUUUAUUUAAAUGGUGUUAAAGUUGGAGGCAUUCUCUGCACCUCAAUAUACAGAUCAAAGAAGUUUAAUGUCAGUGCCGGUAUAGGCUUGAAUGUUGAUAAUAAGAAACCAACAACAUGCUUGAAUGUGGUCUUAAGAGAGUUGGUUGGUGCUGCAUGCGCUUUAAGAAGAGAAGAUAUUGUUGCGGCCUUUCUAAAUAAGUUUGAAAAACUUUAUGGUCUUUUCAUAAAUGGAGGAUUUCAAAUUCUUGAGGAGCUUUACUAUAAAACAUGGCUACACAGCGGACAGAGAGUUAUCAUCCAGGAGAAGAAUGAAAACCAAGUAGUGGAGAACGUGGUCACCAUUCAGGGAUUGACAUCUUCUGGUUAUUUGCUAGCUAUUGGUGAAGAGAAUCAAAUGUGUGAACUUCAUCCUGAUGGGAAUAGUUUCGACUUCUUCAGAGCACUAGUCAGAAGAAAAAUUGAAUAAAGAAGAUUCCCGAGCACCUUCCACCAGAGGCAAAAGUCAUGUUGGAACGGCAGCAUAGCUGAAGAUGUUUUAUGAACUGUAU